AUGGAUACAACUGCAACGCCAAUUGCAAUAGGAGCAAUAGCCUUUAAUCACCUGAGCAAGCGAAGAGACUGUGAAGUCUUUGCAGUGUCAUUGAGAGACAUCGAGAAAGCCCUGAAACCCAAAGAAACCAUAGAUCCCCGGACCAGACUUCCUGAGCAAUACCACGAGUUCCUGUCCCUGUUUGAUAAAGCUGCUGCUGACAAGCUUCCACCACACCGCCCUGGAGUAGAUCACAAGAUUGAGUUAUUACCGAAUACUGAACCACCGUCCGGAGCCCUAUACGGCAUGUCUAGAAACGAAUUAGAGGUCCUAGACAAAACACUAAAGGACUACCUAUCAAAGAACUUCAUUCGCGCAUCCAAGUCCCCCGCUGCUGCCCCAGUCCUAUUCGUCAAGAAACCCGGAGGAGGUCUACGGUUUUGUGUAGAUUACCGGGGUUUAAACGCUAUCACAGUCAAGAACAGAUACCCGAUUCCCCUGAUUCAAGAGACCCUAGACAAGCUCUGCAAAGCCAUGUGGUACACCAAGUUAGACAUUGUUGCUGCCUUCCACAGAAUCAGAAUGGCCCACGGGGACGAAUGGAAAACAGCCUUCCGCACACGUACAGGCUUAUACGAAUGGAACGUGGUCCCCUUUGGCCUCUGCAACGCUCCAGCCUCCUUCCAGAACUACGUCAAUGAUGCCCUGGGAAAGGAUAUCCUAGACCGAUUCGUCUCGGCGUAUCUUGACGACAUCCUAAUCUUUAGCAACUCGCUAAAAGAGCACCGCCAACACGUGAAGACAGUACUAGGCAGAUUAGCCGUCGCUGGACUACAACUCGACAUAGGAAAAUGCGAAUUCGAAGUUCACGAGACGAAAUACUUAGGAAUGAUCAUCCAGAGCCGUUCAGAAGAUGGCAAACCCGGACAAAUACGCAUGGACCCAGAGAAGAUAGCUGCGAUUCGAGAUUGGGAGAAGCCCAAUAAUGUGAAAGACAUACAAAGUUUCAUAGGAUUUGCGAAUUUCUAUCGUCAAUUUAUUAAAGGAUUCUCAAAGAUAGCCUUACCCCUGACCAAGCUUACCCGAAAAGACGUCCCUUUCAACUGGGGAGAGGAAGCCAGAAAAGCGUUUCAGACGCUGAAAGACAUGUUUACAAGCUCCCCAGUCCUACAGCACUUCGACCCCGACUUACCCUGCACUGUGGAGACCGACGCCUCAGACGACGCGUGCGGAGGAGUCCUGUUUCAGCCUAAUAACGAGGGGAUCCUGCAACCUGUGGCCUACUUCUCGAAGCGACACGCCCCAGCCGAGAGCAACUACGAGAUUUACGACAAGGAAUUAAUGGCUAUAGUCCGUGCUUUUGAAGAAUGGCGCCCGGAGCUGGAAGGGUCCCAAGAACCCGUACAAGUUGUAACAGAUCACAGGAACCUCGAAUACUUCAUGUCGUCUAAACAACUAUCCCGCCGACAAGCCCGUUGGAGCGAGUUCCUCUCUCGUUUCGACUUUGUGAUUAAGUACCGCCCUGGGUCACAGUGCCGCGCGGAUGGAUUAUCCCGCAGACCACAAGAUAAAGCCACCGACGCUAACGAUGAUAGAAAGAAGUUCCUCGAGCAAGUAGUCCUGAAACCGAAGAAUCUAGACCCCCAGAUAUCAGAACCUAUUCCUGUCUGUCCAAUUAGACCUACAAGAGUCCUACGCCGCCACGAGAGAUUACCUGAGUUAGGAGAAAGCCCUGACGCAAUCACAGAUAACACCACAGCCCUGCGCACAACAAACCCACAGCCCCGAACCAUCCUAGAAGAAGAUAUCACUGCCGCAUACCAGAAUCUUGCCCGAGAAGAUCCUUGUCGAGUAACUCGCCAACAAGUCCUGUCCGGGGUCAGAAGGUCUCUUAUGGUCACGUUAGCCGACUGUUCAGUAGAGAACAACAAACUAUACUACCCCGACGACGCCUAUGGAUUCCCGAAAACGAAGAACUAA